UUUGUUCAGAACGGACGUAAAACUAUGGAGCGGGAAAACUAUAGUGCGAAAUAUUUCGAGAAAGCUUUGGCGAGAGCGUAUAGUUGCGAAAAGCUGCGGGUGGAAAACUUUCACAUCGAGGUGGUGAGCCAGAAAGGCGAGAACUUUUGCAGCGUCAUCUACCGGGUGGCGUUGGACUUCCGUAGGUCUCCCGAUGGCGAUCUUGAAUCAGGAAAAUAUGUUCUCAAAGAUCUGUUGCCUGUCGCUGCUGAGUUGGGAACGAAUGAAAAGGAUAUGUUCGAGCAAUUACUGCCAGCGAUGUCAGCUAUCCUUGAAAGGGCUCCAACGGAGUUUGGCGAGCACAAGCUGAGUGCAGAUUGCUUGCUAGCUGAGACAUCUGCUGGAAAGGAGAUCUACAUUCUGGAAGAUCUGUGCGCCCUGGGAUACGGAUCUUUCGAUCGCUAUCAGGGACUAAACCUGGAAGAAGCCAAGAUUUGCCUAAGGAAACUGGCUCAGUUCCACGGCUCUUCCAUGGUAUUGUACCAGAAUAAACCCGAAUUGGUGGCAAAGCUUUCACCCUCGCAUUAUGCCAAAGGACUUUCGGAUCCGUUCGCCAAGGCCCUCGUCUUAGAUGGUACCGAAUAUGCUGCCGAAUUUUUUGCCGACGAACUGCCGGAAAUAUCGAAGAAAAUGAAGGCACAAAUACCAGACGCAUAUUCGCAAAGAAUGAAAAAUGUGGUCGAUCCGAACCAGUCGUCUCUAAAUGCGGUUAUCCACGGAGAUCCCUGGUUAAAUAACAUAAUGUUUGAUUCUGCUAAUAAAAGGGCGGUAAUUGUUGAUUUCCAAAACUGUUAUUGGGGCAGCCCGGCCGUAGACCUUUAUUUCCUUUUUUACACCAGCAUAAAGCAUGAAAUACUGCGGGAAAAUCAGGAUACUUUUGUGAAUCAUUAUUUCCACAGUCUCCAAGAGACAUUAAAACAUUGUGGCUUCAAGGGACCACUGCCCACUCUUGAUCAAUUAAAGGAUGAGAUGAAGCGUUGUUUGUUGUACGCCUACUAUGCAGUUACUUGUGAACUACCCAUUUGUUGUGCUUCCCCGGAGGCAAGUGCCGAUUUCGGUGUUGACACCUUUGGAAAUCCGGAGGCUAUGUUAAAGAAACGUCAUCAAUUAUUUGCCAGCGAUCGAGUGCGUCAGACGAUUAAGGCCAGUCUGGUGGAGUUUGAUAAGCAGGGUAUUUUGGAAACCCCUUGAAAACAACCAAAUUUUUCAAUUUAAUUGAUUUCUAAAAACGUAUUAUCUCGUUGAAGUAUGCUAUACCAGUAUUUUGUACAGAAUAAACUGUUUUACAUAUUGAA